UCAUCUUCAUCAUCUUCAUCAUCUUCAUCAUCUUCAUCAUCUUCAUCAUCUUCAUCAUCUUCAUCAUCUUCAUCAUCUUCAUCAUCUUCAUCAUCUUCAUCAUCUUCAUCAUCUUCAUCAUCUUCAUCAUCUUCAUCAUCUUCAUCAUCUUCAUCAUCUUCAUCAUCUUCAUCAUCUUCAUCAUCUUCAUCAUCUUCAUCAUCUUCAUCAUCUUCAUCAUCUUCAUCAUCUUCAUCAUCUUCAUCAUCUUCAUCAUCUUCAUCAUCUUCAUCAUCUUCAUCAUCUUCAUCAUCUUCAUCAUCUUCAUCAUCUUCAUCAUCUUCAUCAUCUUCAUCAUCUUCAUCAUCUUCAUCAUCUUCAUCAUCUUCAUCAUCUUCAUCAUCUUCAUCAUCUUCAUCAUCUUCAUCAUCUUCAUCAUCUUCAUCAUCUUCAUCAUCUUCAUCAUCUUCAUCAUCUUCAUCAUCUUCAUCAUCUUCAUCAUCUUCAUCAUCUUCAUCAUCUUCAUCAUCUUCAUCAUCUUCAUCAUCUUCAUCAUCUUCAUCAUCUUCAUCAUCUUCAUCAUCUUCAUCAUCUUCAUCAUCUUCAUCAUCUUCAUCAUCUUCAUCAUCUUCAUCAUCUUCAUCAUCUUCAUCAUCUUCAUCAUCUUCAUCAUCUUCAUCAUCUUCAUCAUCUUCAUCAUCUUCAUCAUCUUCAUCAUCUUCAUCAUCUUCAUCAUCUUCAUCAUCUUCAUCAUCUUCAUCAUCUUCAUCAUCUUCAUCAUCUUCAUCAUCUUCAUCAUCUUCAUCAUCUUCAUCAUCUUCAUCAUCUUCAUCAUCUUCAUCAUCUUCAUCAUCUUCAUCAUCUUCAUCAUCUUCAUCAUCUUCAUCAUCUUCAUCAUCUUCAUCAUCUUCAUCAUCUUCAUCAUCUUCAUCAUCUUCAUCAUCUUCAUCAUCUGACGGGAUCGCUUCCAACCCUGGCCCUACAGGCUCACCACCUAAAAUUAAUCAAAAGGAAAAGAGAAAAAAUUGGACCAGGGAAGAAUACAAGGAAGUUGUAGAUUAUUCACGUGCCGGAGAGGCAGCCGCAAUCACUGAUCCCGAUGAAAGUCUACGGGCCCCGCCACCGGGAACAGAGAGGGAUGCAGCGAACGUAUCGGCAGGCACCGGGGUGUCACAAGGGAACGCACAGAGACGACGAGAGGAGCGAUCGGAGGCCGACCACCCACGACAGAGGGCAACGGGCGCCACUGCAGGUCCCAAGGAGAAGGACGAACGAGACACGACCAUGGACAGGCGCCGACACCUGCCCUCUAAUACCGACCAUAACUGUGGGUGGACUAGAGCAUAA